AUGUCCGAUGCGACUUCCCAUCCCCGUCUACCCACCUGCUCGCGCUGCCUGCGGCCAUGGGAUCAUGCUUGGUAUAGGACCUGUGACGCCUGCCGCCGCCGGCGUCGCCGUACUGCCCCUGCUGCCCCUGUUGCUCCUGCACCAGUCCAGCGUCCAUGUCUGCUGCUCCCCGUGCUCCCGCCGCUACAGGCUACGCCUCUGGCAGAGCCCGUCCAGCCUCAACGUUCACUGAACCUUCAGCUGCCGGACACUCAACUGGCCCCGCCUCGACCGGAGACUGCGCGCCUGCCUGGUGUCCUUCCCGUCGCAGACGCUGUCGAGCUGCCACAGCUACCACUAAUUGAGUCGGUCCACCAGGCUAUUUGCUCUCAGUGUGACCAAUCCUGGCUGUCAGCAGCGGCUGCACAGCAGCUAUGUUAUCAGUGUCGUGCUAGGGCCGCUGCUGUCAGGGGACUCUUAUCCCGCGCGAUUCCCAGGCCGACCCUCCCCUGGUGGGAUCGGCUGGCGGCGAUGGUCGUGACCCCCUUCUCGCAAGGGUGGUCGAGGAUCUGCUCCUUCUGUAGUACCGCCCUCCUGUCUACAGAGGAAGAUGGAUGGUGCUGCGGCCAGGGGCGUAAACGUUUGCCGCGCCUACCCGCCUGUGAUGACCUCCUACACCCCUUUCUGGAGCGGUAUCUGUUAAGAUUCCAUAAUAAGCAAAUGAACGAAGUGAGAGUUGACUCCAAGGGAAUGGACUUUCGCUAG